AUAGAAUAUUGUGCUAUUCUUUUACUUUAUGUGUUUCAACUUGUGUGAGGAAAAAGAUUUGCCCAACUUUAACUGCUCUAAGGCCCACAAGUUCUCUACACUCAAACUAUUAGUCAAGCAAUCACAACUACUCCAAUCACAACUACUCUUGCAAUGCUCUUUACUUGUUAUCAUGGUCUUUGCUCUCUUUUGUUAAUGCCCCAAUUAGAUAGCCAAACAUUUGAAUAAAUCUCCCCCCCUCUUCAUCUUUAUCUUUCACGUCUAUAUAAGCAAUGUUGGUUGUAGUUUAUGUCAAUUGAGAAGAAGCACAUUACUCUUGAUUCUUGAGAAGAGGUAUGGGCGGCGGAUCGACGAAUGCAGUGCCGAUAGUUAGCAAAAUCUAUUGUUCGACGUCCCUGACCACGUUGAUGAUUCGAAAGAGGCCAAAUGUUGUAAACGGUGGUGGUUUCGUUGUGACGGAUUGCAGCCAUAACAUUGUUUUCAUUGUCGAUGGAUGCGGAAUGCUCGGUGCGAAGGGAGAGUUGAUGGUGAGAGAUUGCGAUGGAGCAUCGCUACUCUUCCUUCGCAAAAAGGGAGGAAUUAUUCAAGCUCUAAGUACUCACAAUAGAUGGAAUGGCUACUCCAUGGAUUAUCAAGGAACCAACAAGUUGUUGUUUAGCUUAACUGAUCCAAAGCCAUGUCUCGCAACGAGAAGUGCGAUUAGGAUUCAAGUUGAGCCCAAGAGCCACAGCAAAGAUUGCGACUUUGAGGUGGAUGGUUCCUUCACUGAUCGAGCUUGCGUGAUCAUCGAUCGCAGGGGAAAUAUCGCAGCUCAGGUGGGGGUUGAGAUGAUGGGCAACAAAGAUUUCUAUCAUGUGAUGGUGCAACCAGGAUAUGACCAAGCCUUUGUGAUUGGUGUGAUUGCUGUUCUUGAUAAUAUUUAUGGUGAAUCCACUGCAUGCUAAUUAACCUUGCUUCUUACUUAAAUGAAUAAUACAUGAUAUCUCAUAUUAUUGUGGUAAUGUGUAAUUUUUUUUUUUUUUUCUCUUCUCCUAUUUAGUUUCCCUUAGUCUUACACUAUGGUUAAUUGUUGUGCAAAUUUAAGAUAUUUUGCAUCUCAAGGACUUGUUAAAGUUAGGGUUUACUUGUAGCUAUAUUAGAAAGAAUGAACUAAUGUUUUCUUCCAAUAUCUGUGGAAAAAGGUUUGAGGAGAUACUAGUAAUUAAAAUAAUAGAUGAGGGGAGAUAUACUAUUGUAGUGGGAA